UCAGACAUAGUAAUGAAUGCCUUAUUACCUACGCUGUGAUAACAAAAUGUAAUCAGUGAGUUUAGUAUUUCACAUCCUGGUUUCACCUUUUUUUCUUCAUUAAUUAAUUUAUCACAAACUUUCGUUUUCCCAUAAAUUAAUAUCAAGUUCGUAUUUCACGAUAUUUUUCAAACGAUCUGAAAACUGAAAGGGUUAAAAAAGUACGUUGAACCUUCACGCUGUAUAUACAACAAUUGCUCGAAAUAAUUAAACAUCAGAGUGGGAUGCUGUGUGAACUAUGAUGUGCUUAUAUUCAUAGUGAAUGUGUUUUAAGACGAAUAUCAAUGAAUAUUGAAUUGAUGCUUACCGAUGUGACCGAUUGAGAUAAAUUUCUCGACCCAAUGACCUCUCUAAUAACUAGAUGAAAACAAAUUAUGGAUGUUGUUUUUAACUCGAUGAAUAGCGCGAUAAGUUCCGGUGGUUAUUUCAUAAUGGAUAACGACAGUGGAUAUGUUUCUAACAACUUGGAUCAAGAAUCUAACUCUGACUCCGUAACAGAAACAUUGAAUAAUUCAUCUGUAGAAAUAUUGAAGUCAUUUCUGCCAAAAUCUGUCUACAUUAGCGAGGAUGCUCUAUUAGAACGUCCAGAUAUUGAUCAGGCAACCAAUGUUUUAGCUGAGGAAGAAAAUACUAGAGAUUUUCCCUGUUUACCCUUUGACGACUCAAAUAAUAUUGAUGUAUCUGUGAUCAAUACUACUAAUAAUUGUGCUACCUUGAAUAGAUUCAAUAGUUUUCAAUCAGAUUCAGGCAGUUCAGCCUGUUCAGUUGUAGUUCCCAUAGCUGAACCCAUAUAUUUUAACUUGAGUUCUAAAGUUAAUUCAGAUCUUCCCUUUUUGGCUGAAGAUAAUAUCAGCAGCAAUCCUAGCGAUGGACCAUUUUUCGGUUAUGAAAAUGUCCCGAUGGAGGGAGCUAAUAGAGUUUUCAGAAAUGGUUUGGAUAUUUUAAACAAAGAGGUUUCAACUGAAGACAAGAUACACUCCAUUCUCUCACGUCUUAUUGCAGAGAAACAGAAAUCAGUAUAUUCUGAAACCAACAAGACUACUGAUGAAGAAUCUAAAAUUACCAAAGCAGAUAAUGCCACCGCUUCUAUUAUGAAAGAACCUUCGAAGUUGGUUGAACACUCAGUUGAGAAUUCUGUCGUUCAUACAAAUGCAGCUGAGUCUUUUACAGAAAAAUCAAAUGAUGCAGUUGCAAAUAAUUCUUUCAUCAAUAUUGAAGAACUUCCCAUUUUUAUUGGAGAUGAACCUAUUCUGGAAAUAUCGACAAAAAAAGAUGAUGAUUCAAUGAAUCAUAGAACUGAGUUAACACCACAGAAAUUGGAAAAGACUGAAGAUGAUGCUACUGUUGAGAAAUACCUUCCAAUUAAUAGUUCAGCUAUAAAUUCCUGUGAUAAAAAAAAUUUAGUAACACUUCAAGAUCAAGAUAACAAAGUUCUUUCAGCGGAACCAAAUGUUGUAGUAACAGAGACAGAAAACACUGUUCUUACUAAUUUAACAAAUACUAGUAUCUUCAGUAGUAAUGAAGCCAGUACAAGUAAAACUUGUACCCUCCCAAGAAGAAAUUCAGUUAAAGACAAGGAGAAUUUCACUGAACCUGAAGUGUUUAAAACUCCAAACAAGUGUCGUAAGAGGAAAUUUAGUGAAAUUGGAAGUCCUGACCUGUUCCCUGAUGAGGAAAGCAGCAGGCCAGAACCUUCCGUUGUGAAUAAAGUGAUUGAAGAAAGAUUCAUUCAUAAAUUAGACCAUAAAUUGAUAAAAAGAGUACAAAAGACUAUUAGUGGUUUACCCCCUCCCCCAGAAUUGACCAGAACAAAUUUAACUGUGGAUGAAAUGUUGGCAAAAUUGGAGGCGAAUAAAAAUUUGUUUUGGACAGAAGAAAAUUUGAAGGAUCUUAAAAUCGAGAGUGCUGACAAAGAGAAAGAAUCGAUGAAUGGUAGUCAUAAUUCAAGUUUUGGGUGCACUAGAUCCAUAUUGAUAGAAGGUCAAUAUGAACAAGCUGUCAAAAAGGAAUUUCCUGAGAUCCUAUAUUCAAGAUAUCAUGGAUUACAUCAUAACCGAAGCAAACUUUCCGAAGAAAUCGAGCACCUUUGUGAUAAAUAUGGAAAGAGGUACGUAGGAGCAGAGACCCAGUCAAGUUGCUGUGCAGUUGAGACUCAGCAUAGCAGUCCAGGCAGGCGUAAGUUGAUCAAACCGAAGUGGGCUGUUAAAUCACCGGGUAGGAGGUUAAGCCAUCUGGCAAAGAGGAGGAUCACCUUCUCAAGCGCGAGUUUACAGGCCGGCAGUUCUUCAGGCCCAGUUUCCAGAAAGAGACAGAUUCUGAUCGACUACAAGAAACUCGAGCUUCUCAACACGAGAAAGAGUCCGAAAAAGAGUCCCAGAAGGACCCCCUUGAAGUCGCCCAUGCUCAGUCCAUCCAAUGGAAGGACACCCAGCAGUUCGGCCAAGAAGAAGUUGAGGAUGAGGUUUCGUUUGCUUUCCGGAAACUUCAAGGAAGCGACUGCUGGACCGAGUUCUAGCGUUUCAAACUCGAAGCGUGCCCUGUUUCAGAGCCCCGACAAAGACAGUCAAUUCAGAAAUAUUUUGUCGACCUCCUCCUCCUCGAUCAACUCCACCUUCGAGCGAGACCUGGCUAACUGUGGGGCCAAACGUUCACUCUUCUCGUCGCCCAACAAGAUCAAGACGUCGCUGUUCUCGUCGCCGACCAAGAGGUCGCCCUUCAGGAACCAGCAGAUCUUCGAGAAGAAACGCAAGAGGGACGACGACGACGAGAACCUGUCCAAGCACCCGAAACUGUCCAGGAGCCAAUCCUCCCACGGGGUUUCCGGUAAGGAACCGAGACCCGAGAGCUCUUUCCCUAGAGCGAAGAGCGAGAUCCUGUCGUCGCUUAACAUGACAGAGCUCAGUGCUGCCAACAAGAAGAAACUUCAAUGGGCCGUCUACGAAUCCCUAAAGUUACAAAACAUAAGCACCACCCACCCUCAAUUCAAAGUGUUCGCCUCCGUUCUGGCCAGAGUGACCAGAAGGUGCGUGUUCUCUUCCAACAUCCGUCUGGAAAACAGCGGUACCAGCGAAAAGAUGCUCAGAAUAGCCAGAUGCCAUUCUUAUGCAGUGGUUAAAGGUAAAUCGGUGGAAGAAAUAAUGAGGGAUUACAACAAGAGCAAGUCCCGAACCCAGAAACCACAAGGUUACAUAGCACCCCAGGACUACAAGGAACCCACUAUUCCUAGCAGAGAUUCAGCUUUGAAAGAGAGAGACAGCAACAGUUCGGUUACGAAAAGUUACUCUUCCCAACCGAUUGUGGUAAAACCGGAAAGCCGUAUAGACCGUAUCCGUAAAGUGAUAAAUUUCGAGGAUAACAGAUAGGCCGGUUUAUGUAGUUUUUUAUUAGGAAAGUUUUUAGAGACUGAGCAGCUUUCUCGAACUUUUUAUGGCUGUAAUUAUUUAUGCAUGUAUUUUUUUGAAAUAUAUACAUCGCACACAUGAACGUUUAGUUAAUUUAUUGGAUUUUUGUGACGCUGAAAGAAUUUGUGGUGGUUUUCCAGAGAAGUGCCUUACGCGUAUUGAUUUACUUGUAUCUUUACCGAGUUUUUGUUUUUGUAAAUAUUGCAACAACGACUGCCGUUCUGAGAUAUAGCACACUGAGCAGAGAGUCACAAGAAGGUGUUUUCAUAAAAAAUACUUGCGAUAUGCGAUAAGUAUUAUGUUCAUUUAGUAAGUUGGUAUAACUGUUACGAACAGCUGAUGUAAUAUUUAGUUAGGGUGCUACCUCCACCAGUAACUAUUGACCGGUAGUACACUGUCGACAAGGUGAAUUCAUCACUAAGUAAAAUAUUGUUGACAAUUCACCUAAAAUUUGAUGCUGUUUUAUGUUUGAAGAAAAUUGACAGUGAAAUUGUCAACACCAUUUUACUUGGAGCUGAAUUUGCCACCAGUGACCGGUAGUACACUGUCGACAAGGUAAAUUCAUCACUAAGUAAAAUAUUAUUGACAAUUCACCUAAAAUUUGAUGCUGUUUGAUGUUUGAAGAAAAUUGAUGGUGAAAUUGUCAACACUAUUUUACUUGGAGCUGAAUUUGCCACCAGUGACCGGUAGUACACUGUCGACAAGGUAAAUUCAUCACUAAGUAAAAUAUUAUUGACAAUUCACCUAAAAUUUGAUGCUGUUUGAUGUUUGAAGAAAAUUGAUGGUGAAAUUGUCAACACUAUUUUACUUGGAGCUGAAUUUGCCACCAGUGACCGGUAGUACACUGUCGACAAGGUAAAUUCAUCACUAAGUAAAAUAUUAUUGACAAUUCACCUAAAAUUUGAUGCUGUUUGAUGUUUGAAGAAAAUUGAUGGUGAAAUUGUCAACACUAUUUUACUUGGAGCUGAAUUUGCCACCAGUGACCGGUAGUACACUGUCGACAAGGUAAAUUCAUCACUAAGUAAAAUAUUAUUGACAAUUCACCUAAAAUUUGAUGCUGUUUGAUGUUUGAAGAAAAUUGAUGGUGAAAUUGUCAACACUAUUUUACUUGGAGCUGAAUUUGCCACCAGUGACCGGUAGUACACUGUCGACAAGGUAAAUUCAUCACUAAGUAAAAUAUUAUUGACAAUUCACCUAAAAUUUGAUGCUGUUUGAUGUUUGAAGAAAAUUGAUGGUGAAAUUGUCAACACUAUUUUACUUGGAGCUGAAUUUGCCACCAGUGACCGGUAGUACACUGUCGACAAGGUAAAUUCAUCACUAAGUAAAAUAAUGUUGACAAUUCACCUAAAAUUUGAUGCUAUUUUAUGUUUGAAGAAAAUUGACAGUGAAAUUGUCAACACUAUUUCACUUGGAGCUGAAUUUGCCAUGCUCUUGUCGACUGGUUACUACCGGUUACUAAUAAGUUGUUAGUUAGUAACUUACAGUUUCCGACAAUACUAAUUAAAAAAUUUCUGUUGGCAAGACUGUGUCUACUUCCGAUUUUCAAGUAGAAUUAUCAAAUUAUUUCGUUUUCACAUGAAAAUUGCUACUUCCAUGAAAAUUUUAGUCAAAUUAUAAACAUAUAAUUUUCCACUCAACUUAAAACUCAUUUAAAUAUCUAUCCAAAACAGGCAUACCAACUCGCCAAAUAAUUAUAAAUUCUUCGGAAUUCAUAACCUUUUUGUCCAGUGUGGUAUAUCAGUUUGCUCAAUAUUGUUAGUUGUAAUCUGAAAAUGCAUAAAGCAAUAUAUUUUCCUGAUGGAAGUGAUUGUGGAGAAUUCUAGUUAACCAUGUCCCAAAAUUUUGUUCUUAUCUUGAACGAAAAUUGAUUAUGAACGAAUUGUAAAGCUUUUUCAACCAAUGUCAGUAAUUAUUUUGAGGUUAUACCAACAACAGGUAAGAUAGAGGAUUUUUCAAAAAUGUGAAUUUAAGUCCGAAAAUACUAAGUGUUUUUUCUAGUCUACUUGUUUUAAUUUAUUACACCCCUCAUCUAUUGAUUGGUGUAUUGUUACUGAGGAUCCUAUGUUUUAUUUACCGGUAAUUCAACUUAGACAAUUGAUUUUAUUGUACUGCUUUGAUUUAAAAUAUAUUUGAGAAAUUUAA